AUGGCGGGGUCUCAUUUAGUGCCCGCUGGAGUCUCGCCUGAAGCGUAUGCUAUGGCUCUCCAUCACGCACACGCUCAUCGGGUCCAAGCCUGUAUGCCACUAGGUGGUCAUAUGCUACAGACGACGCCUCCACCACCGCUGCCACAGCAGUCCAGCCAGACACCUGGUCAUCCUUACACACAGUACACUCAUUCAAACACCCAUCAUAGUCAGUCCCAGCAGCAGCAACAACAA